CAGGCCUCUGUUCCUAUCUUUAUCCCCCCAUGGAAGUCAACAUGGGGGAGAAAGCAGAAGAUUCUAAGCCUCCGGAGGACUUGUUCAAUGGUUUAAAGGUUACUGAUCCCCAGGAAUCAGAGUGUGCUAGCCCCUUGGUGUCUAGUUUAAAAGAUGAGUAUAUUCACAGCAAAGUACUAAAGGAUGUUCAGGACCAGGGAGAAGAUGAGUGUUUUCGUGACUGUAUUGACUCAUUUGAAGACAAGGAGGAUCCAAGUGUGGAAGAAUCAAAAGACAAACUGGAUGAUGAUGUGAAUCCCUCAGAACUAGAGGAAGAAUAUCUACUGAGUUUGGAAAAAGAUAUGCCAGAUGAUGAAAAACAGAAAAGAAGAGAAGAGAGCACAAGACUAAAGGAAGAAGGGAAUGAACAGUUUAAGAAAGGAGAAUAUGUAGAAGCAGAAAGUUCUUACAGCCGAGCUCUUCAGACUUGCCCUGCCUGCUAUCAAAAAGACAGAUCGGUUCUAUUUUCAAACCGAGCUGCUGCAAGGAUGAAACAGGACAAGAAAGAUGCUGCUAUCAAUGACUGCAGCAAAGCAAUUGAAUUAAAUCCCAGUUAUAUCAGAGCAAUAUUGAGGAGAGCAGAAUUAUAUGAGAAAACUGACAAGCUAGAUGAAGCCCUGGAAGAUUAUAAAUCUGUUCUAGAAAAAGAUCCAUCAAUAUACCAAGCAGGAGAGGCUUGCAUGAGAUUACCUAAGCAAAUUGAAGAACGGAAUGAAAAACUAAAGGCAGAGAUGUUAGGUAAAUUAAAAGAUCUUGGGAACUUGGUUCUCCGACCUUUUGGACUAUCCACAGAAAACUUCCAGAUCAAGCAAGAUUCUUCAACUGGUUCCUACUCUAUUAAUUUUGUUCAAAAUCCAAAUAACAACAACAGAUAACAUAAGAUAACCAUAGUAACUCCCUUAAAAGUUGGCUUGGAAAUUGUGUGCAGCUUGUAUUUAGAAAGGGAAAAGGCACUGUCAGUGUUUUAACUUGUAAAAGCAUCUACCUAAAGGAAAAGCUAUUCAACAGAGCACAGUACUUCUUUUCCCCUUUUGUUUUACUGUCGGAGUGAAAUACAAUUACUGAUGCGAUGGGCCUAAUUUUAUCUCCAGUUUAUGGUGUACAGCUACUACCCUUGGUGCCCUCUGCAUGUCAAAUUUGUCCUGUUCCCUAAGGAAGCCUGCAAAAAAGCAAGGCUGACCCCUGAACAGCA